GGUGUGCCGCCCAGGCGCCGCUCUCGCCGCGGACGCCUCGUUGGCGCCGGAGAGGCCGCCGUGGUGGUGCUGUGGUGUGCAGCCAUGAACCGUAACCCCUCGCCACCUUCCAGCGAGGUGGAAGAGGAGGAGGACGCGGUGGGAAACACGGUGUACAGCAAACACUGGCUGUUCAGCAUCCUCACCCGCCUCAUCGAGGUCAUUAGCCCUGAGAAGACGGAGCCCAUCGUGAAUCCCGAGGGAAUCCAGGUGGAGCUGGACGAGGAGAUGGAGAAUGACAUUUGUAAAGUGUGGGACAUGUCGAUGGAUGAGGAUGUCGCUUUAUUUCUUCAGGAGUUCAAUGCCCCAGAUAUAUUCAUGGGAAUUUUUGCCAAGUCAAAAUGCCCUCGCCUUACUGAAAUCUGUGUGGGAAUAUUAGGAAAUAUGGCCUGUUUCCAAGACAUAUGCAUGUCCAUUAGUAAAGAUGAGAAUCUUGGCCAGGUGUUACUGCAACGUCUGUGUGACACAGACUCCCCAACUCUUCUGGAAACAAGCAGGUUGUUGUUAACUUGCCUAUCCCAGCCUGAGGUGGCCAAUAUCUGGGUUGAGAGAAUCCGAGAGAAUCCUUCUGUGUAUGACUGUGUGUGCUUUAUCAUGUCCAGCUCUACAAACGUUGAAUUGCUGGUAAAAGUAGGAGAAGUGGUGGACAAACUGUUUGAUCUAGAUGAGGAGCUAAUGUUGAACUGGAUUAAAAAUGGCACUUGUCCGUCGGUGGGACCAUCUGUAGAUGAUUCCCCUGAAGAACUUCCAGAUUUUAAGAUUGUGCCUUGUAUACUUGAAGCAGCCAAACAAGUCCGAUCAGAUAAUCCGGAAGGACUUGAUGUUUAUAUGCAUAUUUUGCAGCUCCUGACCACAGUGGAUGAGGGUAUUCAGGCAAUUGUGCAGGUUCCUGAUGGAGGAAAAGAGACUUGGAGUUUGCUGUAUGACCUCGUUUGCCAUGACCUUUGCCAGCCAGAUGAUCCACCGAUCGUUGUGCAGGAGCAGAAGACUGUAUUGGCCUCUAUUUUGUCUGUACUUUCUGCUAUGUUUGCUUCACAGACAGAACAAGAAUACACCAAGAUGAGGAAAAGCAAGUUGUGCUUUUUCUUUCUGGAUAUGCCUCUGAUUGGCAGCUUGAUUCGUAUCUUACAAUACAUGGAGGGCUGUGGGAAGAGAGCUGGCGAGAGCUCAAAGGAGUCUGAAGAAGAAGAGACUGGAACAGCUGAUGUAAAUGACAAAGAUUUCCAUUUAAAAAUUUUGAAGGAUAUUUGCUGUGAAUUACUUUCCAAUAUGCUUCAAGAAUUGACCAAGGAAAAUACUUUAGAAGGACUACACCAGGGACAUUUGAAUGAGCAGAUAUGUUCCUGUGCAUUUCAGAACCUCUUACCUCUGUAUUUUGCAUCAGUGGAGAGUUUCCUUGAAGUUCUGCGUGAGGCUGAUCAGACACUUGCUGAUAAUCUAGAAAAACGUUUCCCAAGCCUGAAGGUUCACUCCUAAGAACGUACAGGAAAUGUUUUCCUUCUUUGGAAUGAAGAUUUUAACUGUUUUAUUACAGUGUGUCAGAAAUCAAGUUUUCAGUAAAUGCAGAAGAAUGAGGCAACUUCCUUAGCCACAGGUGGCUUUUAAGAAGUCUUCCAGGUAGCCCUGAUUAACCUAGGGUUGAUCUGUUCUUUAUAGGGAAGGAAACAACUGUAAAUUAAAUUCUGUAUCUUCCAUCCUGUUUGCUCUGGUGGUGAGAGACUUGGUUUCUGAUUGCUCUUCUGCAGCAUAGGUUUAUUUUGUUUUGGGUUUUUUUUUGAUAGCUUUUGAUUCUAUGAUUUUCAACUUAAAUUGAAACAGCAACAUGAAU